AUGAUUGUCUUUGAAACACUAUCUUCUAUAUUAAUGGUUAUAUGUAGUAUAUUUGGUAUUGUUUGUGCUUUUCUGUUCAUAAUUAUCGUUCUGACCCAUCGUCAAUGUCAUACAUUAACUAUUUUACUUGUAUUUAAUUCUACUAUAGCUGGUCUAAUUGCCAAUACAACAUGUAUUAGUCAAGCUAUUUAUCAAUUAUUAGAUGUUGCCAAUGAUUCAUUAUGUACUGUUCGUGGUCUUUUCUUACAAGCAGGAACUGGUGUUCUAUAUCAUACUUUAUGUGUUCAAGCAUUAUAUCGUUUAUUUGUUACUGUCUAUUCAGCACGACGAUCUUUACAGACAACACGUUUUAUUAUUCUUGUAGUAGUUAUACAAUGGAUAUUUUCUAUAAGUUUUGGCCUUCCAAUUCUUUUUACUGGCCAUAUUACAUAUCAACAAGGAAGUCGUAUAUGUCAGGUUUCAUUGGAAGAUACAAUAGGUUUUAUAUAUUUCGCAUCUAUUAUUUUUUUUAUUCCAUUACUUAUGAUUGUUUAUAUUUAUUUUCGUAUUGUUAAAUAUAUGAAAGAUAAUCCAUUCUCUACUACGAAUCGAUCUACUAUUAAUGGCCAACAACGUCAUCAAUCUGAACUUCGUCUUAUACGUCGAAUUCUUACACUUGUUAUUAUUUUAUUUAUACUUGGUUUUCCUUAUUUUCUGUUUUAUCUUUUAAUUCAUCUUCAUAUUGUAUCGCCAUGGUCAUAUAUGCCACGUAUUAGUUAUUUAUUUAUUACCUUUGGUCAAAGUGCUAGUAUGUUAAUUAAUUUAAUUACAACCGAUGAUGUGAAAAAAUCUUUGAUCAAUAUAAUACGAAAAUGUUUUGGUAAAAAAAAUCCAGCACAACAUAUAACUCUAUAG